GGGUGGAGUAUAUUUCUCGAAAAUGGCGGAUACGAUCAUGUCUUGCUGUAUCAGUGGACAUGAAAAAACUCAAAGGAUUCGAAGUAGAGAAAUUGAUCGGAAACUAAAUAAAGAUAGAUUGACAUUUAGGAGAACAGUCAGAGUUCUUCUGUUAGGUGCCGGUGAAAGCGGCAAAAGCACGUUUUUAAAACAAAUGCGUAUUAUUCAUGGACAGGAUUUCGAUGAUGAACAAGUGCGAGAAUUUAGAACUGUUGUUUACAAUAACAUUCUUAAAGGAAUGCGAGUUCUAAUAGAUGCAAGACAGAAACUUAACAUACCUUGGGGGGAUGAAACGUGUGCUAAAGACGCUGUGCAAGUCUUUGAUUUUAAUGGCAAUACAAAAUUGGACCAAUCGAUUUUUUGUGAUUAUGUGGAUUCAUUAAAAAAAUUGUGGGGUGAUUCAGGAAUACGCACAGCAUUCGAUAGGAGAAGGGAAUUUCAGUUGGGUGACUCAUUGAAGUACUUUUUGGAUAACAUUGCUAGAAUUGGAACAAUAAAUUAUACACCAUCAAAACAAGACAUACUUCUGGCAAGGAAAGCUACAAAAGGAAUAAUCGAGCACCAAAUUAUGAUCAAAGGUGUUCCCUUCAUGUUCAUUGAUGUCGGUGGACAGAGGUCACAGCGACAGAAGUGGUUUCAGUGUUUUGAAGGCAUUACCUCCAUAUUAUUUUUAGCUUCAGCUAGUGAAUUUGAUCAAGUCCUAAUGGAAGAUAGAAAAACCAAUCGGCUUGUUGAGUCUUGUAACAUCUUUGAGACGAUCAUCAACAAUCGGAGCUUUACAUCUGUUUCAGUCAUCCUUUUUCUCAACAAGAUGGACCUGUUGUCAGAGAAAAUUAAACAUGUUUCAAUUUCUGACUACUUUUUAGAGUUUCAAGGCAACCCUCACAACGUUGACGAUGUCAAGCGAUUUCUUUGCAACAUGUUUGACUCACGGAGGAGGGAACGCAGCAAGCCCCUCUUUCACCAUUUUACCACAGCGAUAGACACGGAAAAUAUCAAGCAUGUAUUUCAAGAUGUUAAAGACACUAUUUUGCAUGAUAACUUGCGAUCGUUAAUGUUGCAAUAAUCACAGGAUCAAAUUUAGGAAAAGUAUUUUUGGCAAUAUUCGUGUUCAUACCCACCAUCUUCUUGUAUUAAAUUACUUCUCCACUUUUAAUUUAUGAAUAGUCACAACAACCUCGCUAGGAGUAAGUUAACCCUAGUCAAUCUAUAGGACCUUCCCAGGUAUGUUAUCUUAUACAUUUGUUCUGCUGGGGAAUUACUGCAUGAAUUCAUGCAUGAAUUCUUGUCUAGCUAAUGAAGGAGUUUUCACUCUAUAUGCUUCUAAUUGUCAUUUAAUUUUAUAACUCCAUAUACAAGUUACUAUUUGUCUGUGUCUUUGUUAAUGACUGUUAAACCUAUAACCUGAAAAAAAAGUGUAAGACAACCAACUAAUUAUAUGUAUAUAAGCUUUAAAAGUCUUGCCUUGCUCAACACUGCUGCUUCCUAAAUUAAUUUUUAUCUACUUCUUCUAACUUGGCUUCCCAAUUUAAUGUGUUGUUUACCAGCAUAUCUUUUUAUUUCAAUUUAACAUUAAUUAUUAGAAUAGUAUACUAAAAGAUUUUUUUAAAUUUCCCACUUUUUUUUUUAUACAUUUGAGUUUGACAAUCAGAAAUGACAAUUUUUCUGAUAAUGUUCUUUUUUAUAAGUCAGCUAGCUGAGUAUAUUUAUGUAAAAGUUUGAUUUUAUUAAUAAUUUUAUUAAUCAAUUAAUUAAUGUUACUUUUGUUUUAUUGUUAUUUGUUUUUGUUCCUCCUUGUAAAAGCUGUUUUUUUUUAGAUUUAACUUAUAUUAAAACAGACUACUUCACCUAUAUACAUAUAUGUAUUUAUAUAUAUGCAUACAUUUAGCAUAUUUGUUAUGAUGUAUUUUUGAGUUUCAGUGUAAAAAAAUGAAAUGGUUUUGAUACUGAAUGAAUGUGCUGGCAACAUUGUAAGUUUUGUAUAUUCAACUACAUAUAGAUAAAUAUGGCAAUGUAAACUGUUAACAAUGUAUGUUCGUUUGAGCGCCAGAGAUUAAUUUUAUCUUUUAUCUUGGUUGUUGCAUUUGGUUAUUUGACCAUACUUUUACUACCUGUCACAUCGAAACACAUGUUGUAAGUGGUUGGUCUAGGAGUGUUUGGAUCAACGCUGAUGGAUGAUAGCCAAUAUAUAACAAUGUUUAAACGUGCAUGUUGUGAAUGGCUGCAUUAACUGAUUCAGUUUUCACAAGGUGCAUCAUCAUUACUUCAUCUAUCACUAGCUAUGCUGUUAUACAUAAACCAGAGGUUUUGCAAACCAAAGACUAUUUAUAUUUAUUAGCUCUUGCAUUAAUUAGUCAUAGUCAUUUUGUUAUUGAAGAGACCACCACCACCUAUUGUUUAAUCUCAUUGGUUUAGCAAGGGAAAUGAUACUCAUGGGUAACACUACUUUGGUACACUGUUUUAUGUCUAAGUCAGACAUGUCUAUAUUUUCUGUUUUAUAUAUACUCAUUUAUACUGAAAUAAACUAAAUGGAGAAUAAUAAUCCAGAUACCAGAAGUGAUAAGAUUUUUAUUAUUCUGAGGUUUCUCAUCAGAUAAAAGUGUUGCAUGUUGUUGAUGCAAGUAAAGUAUUACAGUAUCAAUUUAUGGUUGAUUUGAAGCAUUGUCUGUACUUUUAGUUGUUUUUUCGUAUAGUUGUAUUUAGUCUCUAUUAAACCAUAAACUGUUGUUGUAUAUUUUCUUAAUUAGAAAGUCUUAUACUUGUAUUGGACUAUAAAACAUUUACAAUUUUUUUUUUUGCAAAAAAAAGUUUUGCAAUAUAAUAAUAUUUAAUGCUUGGAAUCUUAGCUAUAAUUUAUGUCAUCAAGCCGUAUCUAGAAGAUUAAAACCUUGAUAUUCUAAAGUAGUUCUGAAGUGAUUCAAAGUAAUCUAUUUGAUUGUAAAAGAAUUUUUUAACAUCAUUUUUGGAACUAUAAAUUCUAAUACUAAUAAUUAAUGAACAGAUAAUUGAAUCCUUGUACCUAUUGUUAUAUCUUCCAUAGACUUGAUUGAAUGGCUAUUGGUUGCUUAAAUUUUUGCUUCCAUAAUUGUUGGCAUGCUUAAGUUAAAUCUGUGUGUGUUUGCCAUUGUUAUUAUGCUUCAGAGUGUUGUUACAUGAAUGCUUUUACUGUCUUGCUAAUAUCAUUUUUCUCAUAAAGUGUAUGAUAGACCUAUCGCCUUUUUUUGUGGUAAAUUUCAUUUUCAAUAGGUCUUUGGUUUGUUUUCUUCCAUACUCAUUGGUAAUAAUGUUGGGCCAGCAGAUACAAAUUAUUUCUCUGAGGCAUGUGCUAAUAAACUUCUUUAUUUUCUGUUAAUCUAAUACAAAGGUUCAUACAGUCCAACUGGUUUAAUUGUUGUAUGAAAGACCACUAGUUUACCUUCAGCGUGUUAGCCCCGUUUAUAUCAUUAAUUAAUGUUUAGCAAUUUAAAAAAUUAAUAAAUCAAUAAACAUUUCAACAUUAUGCAGAUUCAUAAAUAAAACAUUUAUUUCAUUUUAAUAGUCAUCUUAAUUAUUAGUACACUAAACACAGUGAAAGAUGUUUUUAAAAUAUCAAGCAUUAAAUUUAUUAUAUGUAUUUAGGGCUAGAUUACACUAUGUUCUUACACUUUAAUGUGGAAAACUACUCUUUUUUUGAAUCUCAUUGUAAGAAUUUUGCCCUGAGCAGCCUAGCUAAGUUUGUCUAGUCGGAACUUAUUAUUUCAGAUGGUUUUUUUUUUGUUUCAAACUAUGUACAUACUUUGUAUUUUUUUAAACACUAUUUUUUCUUAGCAUUAAAUUCUACUAAACAUACCUCAUGGUAGAAAUUCCCACCAUUUAAAAAAUUAACUCAGUGACUUAAGUUAAUGGAAAUAAAGUAAUAUCAGUGUGUUACCAUAGUGCCAAAAUAAAAACAAGUGUUUUGUUUUUUUACUCUGACAAAAAAAAAUGAGUUGAAACACUGGUAUUAUUUUGAUAAUGAGAUGUUUUUUCACCUUAGCUUAAUUUAUUAUUUUUAGGGCUGGAAAAGUAAAUUUUUCUAUUCAGUUGUUGUUUUGCUGCAUAUUUUUAAUUUGGUGUUACCAAUUCUAACAUAUUGUGUAGUUCAGUUUCAAUUUUUCACUGAGGUUCUCCAAAAAACUACUAUGAAUUAAAAACAGAUAUAAACUUUGUUUAAUUUUAAAAUAUUUAACUAAUAAGCAGGCUUACUAUUGCACAGCGAAAAAUAAAUAAUUUCUACUGUUGGUAAAAUUAUUUAAAAAUAACUCUCACUGAAAUGUCUUCUUCUGUGUUAUGUUAAUUAACAAAGCAGUUAUCCUUUUAUAUUUUAACUCACACAUUAUCAUUAGAAAUUUAAGUUUGAUUAACAAAAUUAUAAAGCCUACCUCUUUGUUUACUUAAUCAUAUUUACACUAAACAAGAUAUGUGACAGAAUAAUCAAAUUUAUAAAUGUCAUAUCUCUUUUAUUGUAAAAAAAUGAUUUAAAUUUUUUAUCUGAAUAUGACAGGUGUUACUAACAGGCUACAGAAAGAAAAACAAGCCAACAAUAAUACUAGACAUUAUAUACUCAUUACACUGUUUAUCAAAACACACAACCAAUGCAAAACAAUCGGUCCUACGAAGUUCCUGUAUGUUUGAUUUCUUUUGUGCCUUCAAGUGCGAUAAGCCUAAAUAUCUUAACUUGCCAUUAAUUUAUGUUUAGCAUUAAACCUAAUCAUGUGAUUCCUUAUGUCAAAGACACAGCAUUCAUUUUUAAUGGAUUUAUUUUUUCCCGUAUUCUCUUAUGUCUAGUGCCUGAUCAAUGUUUUGGAGAAUUUAGUUUAUGUUAACACAUACACAUCAUUUUAGGUAGUUUUUUAGUUUACCAAUUCUAAAUUUACAUAAGCUCCCAUAAUUUAUAAACCUCUUAAAAUUGUGCUUUGAUACAUAACUAUAAACACAGAAAUAUUUGAUUUCCUGUUAAGUAUAUUCUCAUUUUUGUGUGUGUGUUAGGUUAUGAUUACAAGAUGUAAUUAUUGUAAAUUUGUUUUAGUCUGAUCAAUUUUACAUUACAUGUAAGAAGAGUUGUGAUUUAUUUUGAAUGUCUACUCAAGGGUGCCUUUUUUAUGCUAAGCAUCCAUUUACUGUUAUAACUUAUUAUACACACUUUAAAAAAUUAUUUGUGUCAACUGCAUUCUUAAAUCUAAAAUUCUGUUCCAAUCUAUUAUUUCUUUAGCGUGUACUUGACACAGUGACAAAAGUUAUCUCUUGCAUGAAAUAAAUUGAAACAGUUUCACAUAUUAACUCCUAGGAAGAACUUGAAAUUUUGAAAUGCAAAAUUGUAAAUGUUAAAUUUUUUCUUUUAAUUGCUAAUACAUUUUCUCUUUAUUUGCUAAUUGUAAUAACUUUCCUUUGGGUUUGUUCUGUGUACCAAAACUAAAACAAUAUACCACAUUCACUACAAUGCUGAUGUAUGUUAAGUGUCAUACAGAUCUUUUCAAGCUGUUUUUAGAAAAACAUUAUGCUAAUCUUAAUUAACUCUGUGAAAUGAUGUGUAUAAUUAUUUUUGAAUUAAAACAAAGAUUGCCCCAGAGGUGUAACUUGCAAUUUUCGUUUGUAAAUUAAUUUUUAUAUAAAUUCAAUUUUAUAUAAAAUUAAAUUUUUAUUUUUAAUUUAGUCAUAUUUCCUUGAUAUCUCCAAUUUGCACCAGGAAAGUUUUUGAAAUAAUUAAUUGUUUUUUGAAACUGUGGCUAUAGAACAUGUUUCAGGCACAGAAACAUUUCCUCUUUUUAUUUAGAUGAUUAGUUACACCUCUGUUAAUUAAAUAAAGUUUCAACUGUUUAGUUAUUAACUGUGAUAGUGAAAAUAAAUGAAAAUAUUAUUUAAGUGUGAUCUUUUUAUUAAAAAUUAAUUGUCAUUAUACUCUUAAACAAAAUACAGUAUAUUAUUUAUGUGUUUAGGGGUUUUCUAAGCUUUCUGGUUAAAUUAAAAAUUUCAUUAAAAAAUUUUAAAUUUCAUUUAUCACUAAUUAGUCUCCUAGUGUUUGAUACUUGUCAACAGGAAAAAGAAUUGUUUAAAAAGAUUUGAUUUUAGCUUUACUGUUGUUCUAAUUGAAAUUUUAGAGGACAAAAAAGUUUAUUUAACUAAACUACCCAUCUGUCUUGAUUCGUGAAAAACAUUUUGUAUAUUUUGUUAUUAUGUGAGUAUCAAUAAAAAUACCUAUAUACAGUUUUAUUAUGUCUAGUUAAUAUCUUAUUGUAUAUAUGUACAUGAGUGGAUGCAUUUAAAAAAAAUCCAAUGUUCUACAUUUAAUACAUAACUUGGUCAUGCAUGAACUUAAAAAAUGCAAUAAUUAUGUUCACACUUUAUAACCAGUUUGUUUAGCAAAUGUAACAGUAAUUCUUUUUUAACCCAAUAAAACUACACUUCAAUUAUUUACCUUUGUAUGAGCAUUGUAUGUAUAAGUGUUUGUAUGAUGUGUAUAAAAUUAUAAUGUUUAUAACAAUAGUACAGUAUAAACAAUAUUUCUCUGUGCUGCUAAUAAUGAGUUAAAAAUGAUUGUCAAUACAUUGUUUGAUAUGAAAUAAAUGAGAUUAUCUUCUAGAGUGUUUAUACAUUUAAGGUUUAAUCUAUGUCAUUAACUGAUUAUUUAAAGUCAUCAGAAUUUUUUUUUAUUAUCUUUUUGUGGUGCAGUUUAUACUACACUAUAUGCAAUUAGUUCAUUAAAUUUCUUUCGAUUUUGAAGAUUUCAUCUUGAUAAGAUUAUCUUAUUUAAAAAUAAUUUGUUUUUUAUAAAAAUCUUUUGAAAAGAAAUAAUAUUGUCGCUUCUUUUAUUGUCAUCAUCAUGUUUAUUUCAAAGAAGGAAAUCUUUUUUUAAAUGUACCAACUCUGGUUGAGGCAAUAAAACGUUUUUGCACCAUAAAAUGUAACACAUUUUGUUUACUGUCAAUCAUUUAAUCGCUGUGGUAAUAAAUGACUUGGGUGAUUUUUUUCUU